AUUCUACAACACGAAGUGUGAAGUUUGAAGUUUGAAGAUAACCUUGCAUUUAAGGCGGGUGUCUAGUUUAAUCAAAACAUGGUGGCUGGUUUCGGUGACUUGGGGAAAUCUGCUCGUGAUCUGUUUGAUAAGAAUUUUAGCUAUGGAUUCCUUAACUUUGAGUUUAAAACAAAGACUGAAAAUGAUGUCUCAGUGACAUGUGGUGGGAAACAUGAUACAAAUGCUGGAAGAGUAUCUGGUUUCAUUGAGUCGAAGUUGAAAACAGCCCCAGGAAUCUCUUUGAAGACGAAAGUUGAUUCCAAAUGGGUGCUUACCAGCGAGCUCGAGGUGGAAAAGAAACUACACAAUAAUUUGUCCCACAAUCUAAUUACCACGAUGGAACCAGACUCAGGAGCGAAAUCUCUGAUGCUUAAGAACAAGUUCAAACAUGAAUAUUUCAAUGCGAAUCUGGACAUGAACUUUAAGUCUAAGUACCCCCUUAUCACCGGGUCAAUUGUCGUGCCUAUGCCUCAAUAUCCAGCCUUUUGUCUUGGUGCACAAGCUCUUGUAGAUAGCCAAAAAUCUGAGAUUAGCAAACACAUUCUUGCGCUGAACUUCAAGCAGUCAGAUAUACAGGUGCAUUGUGCCGUUACUGGAAAGUCAGACAUUGAUCUGAGUGUUUUUCAAAAAUUCAAAGAGACUAAGCUAGGCUUCCGUGUUGGCUGGAGACCGGAGACUCGUGAGACUACAUUUGGUGCCGCUCUUCGAUAUCGUACUAGUCCUGCUGGGAAGAUGAAAAUAAAAAUCGACCAAAACUGUAUUGUUGGUCUUGCCUACAAACUGAAGUUAAACUCAGAUGCUUGCGUCGCUUUGUGCACCCAGUUUGAUGGUAAGAAUUUGGAGAGCGGUGGUCAGAAGUAUGGCAUCAUGUUCAAAUUUGGAUAAUAACAUGGAUUGUGCUAUUCUAGUGAACAGUUUCCUAGGUUCAAUUCUGCUUAGACUCUGGUGCUUGCACCAUUGUUAGAUUUUGUUUGUGUUUAACUAUACCUGUAAAUUGACCACUACUAUGUUUUUGAUCUGUAAUUGUUCAUGGGUAUAGCUUUUCAACAACUAGUGAAUUUUCGUUGUACG